GUUUCUUUUUUCACUACUGCAAACUAGUUGUUAGAAACCAGAUAGAUAGCUUCCUCGGCCAAAGCUCCCUAACCAACCACCUUGAAAAGAUUGUUCUCUUCCUGCUUCUUUCGGCUCUUGCACAACUUUCGGUUUAUGUUAACAUAAUAUGUGCGAAUAUACACGCCUAGCACAUCAGGUUACAAUGCUAGAAUUGUUCCUUAUCUCUUUAGGUAUGUGGAUACAAGCAUACGCACAUAUUUAUAGGGGCAUAACUGGAAGUCGGAAAGGUUUUUCAUAGUCAUCAUGGAUAGGCUGAACUCAAAGCUGUAUCUGCAAAAUUGUUACAUAAUGAAGGAGAAUGAGAGGCUAAGGAAGAAAGCACAGCUUCUCAACCAGGAGAAUCAGGCCCUGCUAUCAGAGCUCAAACAGAAACUCUCAAAGGGAAACUCAAAGGGAAAUCAACCAAGCACUCUUCCUGAUCUUAACCUCUGUUCUAGUUCCAACGCGAAUCCUUCUAAUUCUAGCAAACCCUGAUAUUCUUGAAUACAUAUUCAAGUAUCAUGACCCCACUUAGACCCUUCACCUUUUUUGUGUAAAACCAGAGUCAAUUAGUGGUAGUAGCUCCAGUUUCAGUUACAUAGGACAGUAAUGUAUUUCUUCACCAGGGUUACUUUAAUUUCUACUUCUAUGUUUAUCAUAUCUUCUUUUCUAGGGGGGUUAGGAUAUGAAUUUCUGAACUAGAAAGAUGGAUGUACCUGGGUGUCU